AUGAUUGUCAUUGUCCUCACCCAACUUCGGGGAUCGCAUCCUGUGGGUGGUGGAGAGCGCUCGGCAAGAUUUAAUCUUCUAGGUCUAGCAAUUGCUGAUUUUUGUAUUUGCCUUUCAACCCUUCCUCUUACCUACUCCAAAAGAACCUACAAGAAGACCGACAUUAUGCUGUAUUAUACACUAUUCGGUCCAGGCCUUGUGUCCACCUUUCUCACCGUUAGUGCUUGGAUGGUAGUUCUAGUGUCCAUUCUCAGGUACCUGGCAGUUUGUUGGCCUCUGAAGUCCCGCUUUUACCUUCGCUGCAGGAGUGUCAUCUGUGCCAUUAUAUCCAUCUACUUGGCUGCAUUUAUCUUCAAUUUUCCCCUUUUUCUUCAAUAUGAUUACGAAGAAGUUGUCCUCUUCGAGCAUGAGACCUCAAUCAUGAAGGACGUUAAGUUUGUGCAUAUUGUUGACCGGAUUUAUCCACAUUCCGACUUACUGAAAGACAUCUACAAUAUUGCACAUAUCAUCUGCACCAAUGUUGGACCUUUUGUAGCCGUUCUGGUGACAAAUAUCUCUGUGAUAGUCGCUUGCAAAAGGAGUGAAGUAAUCUGCGAGAAUUUCGAGAAUGCGGAACAAAUGAAGUUAACUAAACCGCCGACUAGUUCCUCUGUGAGCACACCUAACAAUCGACAUGGAGAGUCUUCACACUUACAAAUCGUCCUCAAUGCUCAACCACCAUCUUCAGCCUCUCAACAACGAAUUGUUCCACGCUGUCACAAUCUUAGACCUCGAGCCCUCCACAGAGUUACACCCCUGUUACUGGCUGUAAUUUUUGCAUUUCUGCUCUUAUCUACACCCUUCGGAAUCGUUCAAUUUGUUUGUCUCAAAAUGAUUGACAAAAUUGGUCACAGAAUAAGUGAAAAUAAUCAACUACUCCAGCAAUACUUUAUUUUAAACCGCCUCCUUGAGUGGACAAACUUUCUGCAAGUUUUUGGCUGUGCAGUGAAUUUUUUCCUUUACUUCAUGGUCUCACAAACCUUCCGACGCACCACUAGACGCACAUUUCGACGAAUUCUUCAGCGUUUUCGAAGACGCAGAGGUCUGAGCCAUUUGUGUGCCUAUAUUUUUUCUGUGUGCUGUUGCGAAGAGCGACGAUCAUGUAAGAAUGAGGCUUAUAUUGUGCGCGUCUACUCCCCGAUCGAGUGCAGAAAUCAUCAAAGGCACAAACGACCGACAGAACCUUCACCUUUAUACCAUGAAAGGAAUCUUUUAUCACCCCAUCUAGACCUGCAACAGCAGAUUCGUCCCAAACCCGAGUCCUCCGAUUCAGCUAAUUGUGCAUCCAAGGGAGCAGAACAAAUUGAGCUGCAACUACAGGGGGGUUCGAAAUGA